CAGACAGGCAGAGAGGAGCUUCCUUUUCCUCACGACGCCGACGGUGUCAUCCAACUCCAACCCAUCCUCCAUCUCCGCCGAACAACCCUCCUCCCCCACUCCUGCCAUUCCACCCAACAACGCUCGCCCGCCCGCCGCCACACAAGGAGUUCUUUUGGCAUUCCUACCCCGUCGCAGCCGGCGUCGCCGACUGCCGUGGAGUGGAGAUCCACCCGGGCUGGGAGGACUGGUUUCUUCGGAGAAAGUUUGGACUAUCAGCCCGUUGCCACAUUGAACUACUUGAGCUUUUGUGAUCUGCCGGGACUCAUAAAAGUCUGUGAGAAGGUUCUACAUCUAAAGUUCUUCCAAGUCCCAUUUUUAGUGCUGAUGCAAGGUGUUUGUUGCUGAGAAUGCCGACAUCGUGCUCCUAAGACUGCUAGUCUCAUUCAAUACGUAGUACAACUACUUAAACAUACUUGGAAGCCAUAUUUGAAUCUACUGAUUCAGAACAUGGGUUCCCGGUUUCCAUCCCACCAGUUAAGCAGUGGGCUUUAUGUCUCUGGGCGACCGGAGCAACCUAAGGAGAAGGCUCCGGUUGUUUGCUCCGCAGCUAUGCCAUACACUGGGGGGGACAUCAAGAAAUCUGGCGAACUUGGGAAGAUGUUUGACCUCCAUGCUGAGAAGUCACGCAAAUCUGGCCCUUUGGGUAAUCAACCUUCAAGGAAUACUUCAUUCGGUGGUGCUGCCUCCAACUCUGGACCAGUAUCUAGUGCUGUUGGUCGAUCCAACUACUCUGGUUCCAUUUCAUCAGCAACUGGCACAGGAGGUUCGGCAAGGGCAAAAUCUAAUUCUGGACCGCUCAACAAGCACGGAGAACCAACAAAAAGAUCGUCUGGACCCCAGUCAGGAGGAGUGACCCCAAUGGCUCGCCAGAAUUCUGGCCCUCUACCUCCUAUUCUUCCUACAACCGGGCUGAUCACAUCAGGACCUAUCUCCUCUGGGCCGUUGAACUCGUCGGGUGCUCCAAGAAAAGUAUCAGGCCCUCUUGAUUCUAAUGUAUCAAUGAAGAUGCGUGCCACCUCUUUUGCUCACAACCAGGCUGUUACAAAUCUGAACGUGGAAAAUGGUUACUCGAUCAAGGCCAGUUUGCCAAAGCCAGUACUCUGGGCGGUCAUUUUGCUCUUUGUGAUGGGCUUCAUAGCAGGUGGCUUCAUUCUUGGUGCUGUUCAUAAUGCGAUUUUGCUGGUAGUUGUCGUGGUCAUAUUUGGAUUUUUUGCCGCACUCUUGAUUUGGAAUAUUUGCUGGGGGACAAGAGGCGUGACUGGAUUUGUCAGUCGUUAUCCUGACGCUGAUCUUAGAACCGCGAAAGAUGGGCAGUAUGUGAAGGUUACUGGGGUCGUUACUUGUGGAAAUUUCCCCCUUGAGUCCUCCUUUCAAAGAGUCCCAAGAUGUGUGUACACUUCCUCCUGCUUGUAUGAGUACAAGGGCUGGGACUCGAAAGCUGCCAACACCCAGCAUCGCCGAUUUACCUGGGGAUUACGUUCUAUGGAGCGUCAUGCAGUUGAUUUCUACAUCUCAGAUUUCCAAUCUGGGCUUCGAGCACUAGUCAAAACUGGAUAUGGUGCACGGCUAACUCCGUAUGUAGAUGAGUCUGUUGUUAUCGACAUAAGUCCAGAAAAUAAGGACAUGUCCCCUGAAUUUCUAAGAUGGCUACGGGAAAGGAAUCUCUCAAGUGAUGAUCGCGUGAUGCGCCUAAAAGAAGGAUACAUCAAGGAGGGAAGCACUGUGAGUGUCAUUGGGGUUGUUCAAAGGAACGACAAUGUGCUGAUGAUUGUUCCACCGUCUGAAUCCUUCUCUACUGGCUGCCAUUGGGGCAAGUGUAUCCUCCCAACUAGCCUUGAUGGACUAGUCUUGAGAUGUGAGGAUACAUCAAACAGUGAUGUAAUACCAGUUUAGCUACCUCGUUCUUGAAGUUUGCUGGAAGAAAAGAAGGAAAAAGUUGCAUAUCAAAAUUUGUCCUCGGGUUUGUCUCGUUGGUUGUUAGGGUGGAAAAUUUGCAAAUGCAGGGUUGUGGUGAUGGCUGUGUACAAUAUCGGUGGUCAGAUGCUGGGGGUUUGAUUGUGUAGUAGUAAUGGUUUUUGCUCUUUUUUUUGGUUGGGGCUAUGAACCUGUAACGUGGAUGGCUCCACUACUACGGUAUAGUUGUCUGCAGUUCUAGUGGAAUCAUCAGGUUCAUACGUCUCUAUUUUAUCAUUUUGAUCUGUGCAAUUCCAGCAAUCAGGAAUCAUUCCUCGAAUUCCCCUCUCUAUCUAUAUUUCUAUACAUAAUUCCAUCUCAUGGUAGGUAUUUUUUCAUC